AUAUAGCUAAUAAGCUACAGAGACAAAAGUUGAACUCCAGUCUUUAACUCUCACUAGUACUCUUGAUUAUGCCAAGAUAUACUACAGACAUACCCAUGAAAUUGAUUAAUAACAAAAGGAUCAUUACAAACAGUAACUGCUGUCACAUUCAGAGCACUUGAACUUCUUAGUGAAUGCAGAGCUGUUAAGGGUUAGAGGAAAUCCAAGGUUUUAGUAAAGGAGCCCUCACCUUCAUGGAGUUCACAAGUCUAUGGGGCUGGACAAGAAGUAGGAAGAUCAUGUAUUAUUCUGGAAUUCAAAGGAAGAAAAAUAAUGUUGGAUUGUGGAAUUCAUCCUGGCUUAGAAGGAAUGGAUGCUCUUCCUUACAUUGAUUUGAUAGAUCCUGCUGAGAUUGAUCUUCUCUUAAUUAGUCAUUUCCAUUUAGAUCACUGUGGUGCCUUACCUUGGUUUCUUCAGAAGACAAGUUUCAAGGGAAGAACAUUUAUGACUCAUGCUACAAAAGCUAUUUAUAGAUGGCUUCUUUCUGAUUAUGUCAAAGUUAGUAACAUAUCAGCAGAUGACAUGCUAUAUACUGAAACAGAUUUAGAAGAGAGCAUGGACAAAAUUGAAACUAUAAACUUUCAUGAAGUAAAGGAAGUUGCAGGAAUCAAAUUUUGGUGUUAUCAUGCAGGCCAUGUUCUGGGAGCAGCCAUGUUUAUGAUUGAGAUUGCAGGUGUAAAGCUUUUAUACACAGGUGAUUUUUCAAGACAAGAAGAUAGGCACUUAAUGGCAGCUGAAAUUCCUAAUAUUAAACCAGAUAUUCUUAUUAUUGAAUCUACAUAUGGGACUCACAUUCAUGAAAAACGAGAAGAGCGAGAGGCAAGAUUCUGUAACACUGUUCAUGACAUUGUAAAUAGAGGUGGCAGAGGUCUUAUUCCUGUCUUUGCUCUGGGACGAGCUCAAGAACUUCUUUUAAUUUUAGAUGAAUAUUGGCAGAAUCAUCCAGAACUCCAUGACAUUCCAAUAUACUAUGCAUCAUCUUUGGCUAAGAAGUGUAUGGCGGUAUAUCAGACCUACGUGAAUGCCAUGAAUGACAAAAUCCGUAAACAAAUCAAUAUCAACAAUCCUUUUGUCUUCAAACAUAUUAGUAAUCUCAAGAGCAUGGAUCAUUUUGAUGACAUUGGUCCAAGUGUUGUGAUGGCUUCACCAGGAAUGAUGCAGAGUGGCUUAUCCAGAGAAUUAUUUGAAAGUUGGUGUACUGAUAAAAGAAAUGGUGUGAUUAUAGCAGGAUACUGCGUUGAAGGAACACUUGCCAAGCAUAUCAUGUCUGAACCUGAAGAGAUUACUACCAUGUCUGGACAGAAGCUGCCUCUGAAAAUGUCUGUAGAUUAUAUUUCUUUCUCAGCUCACACAGAUUAUCAACAAACCAGCGAAUUUAUUCGAGCUUUGAAGCCACCCCAUGUGAUACUAGUGCAUGGAGAGCAGAAUGAAAUGGCAAGAUUAAAAGCAGCAUUGAUAAGAGAAUAUGAAGACAAUGAUGAGGUUCACAUAGAAGUUCACAAUCCUCGAAAUACUGAAGCAGUGACUUUAAAUUUCCGAGGUGAAAAACUAGCCAAGGUUAUGGGCUUCUUAGCAGACAAGAAACCUGAACAAGGACAACGUGUCUCAGGAAUCUUGGUUAAAAGAAAUUUUAAUUAUCACAUUCUUUCACCUUGUGACCUCUCUAAUUAUACAGAUUUAGCAAUGAGUACUGUAAAACAGAUUCAAGCCAUUCCCUACACUGGUCCUUUUAGCUUGCUAUUUUAUCAGCUACAGAAACUGACAGGUGAUGUAGAAGAAAUUGACAUUCAGCAAAAACCAGCUUUGAAAGUGUUCAAAAAUAUUACUGUAAUACAGGAACCAGGCAUGGUAGUGUUAGAGUGGUUAGCAAAUCCUUCCAAUGAUAUGUAUGCAGAUACAGUAACAACAGUGAUCCUUGAAGUUCAGUCAAACCCUAAAAUACAGAAAGGUGCAGUACCAAAGGUAUCAAAAAAAAUAGAAAUGCACAUUUACAGCAAGAGAUUGGAGAUUAUGCUUCAGGACAUAUUUGGGGAAGAUUGUGUAAGUGUUAAAGAAGGAUCCAUUCUAAGUGUCACAGUGGAUGGAAAGACUGCCAAUAUAUCGUUGGAGACAAGAACAGUUGAAUGUGAAGAAGGAAGUGAAGAUGACGAGUCCCUUCGAGAAAUGGUAGAACUUGCUGCACAAAGACUUUUUGAGGCCCUCACACCAGUUCAUUAAAAACUAUUCCCAUGUACAUUAAAAUAUUUUUAAUACUUGAUUCUGUUUCCAUUACUGUAUUAAAAAAAAUAAUAAUAAAGUGUUUUAGUUUCCCUGGAGAAGCAUACAUUCUU